CUGCUGCCAACUUCAAACCUCCCUGCGUUCUCCAGGACACAAAAUUCACCGACUAUUUAAUAUAUACCUACUGUUAGUGUUGGUUGGUAGUGUUUUUAGUCGAUCAGUUGUCAUAUAAUAUAUAACAAACUAGGGGUCAUCAUCUUGACCUGAACAUCUCCUUAUCGCCCGGUGGUGGUCACUGACUCGCAAACUGUUUACUGUUUUGUGACAGAGCCGAGUAUCAAGCGAUGGCGACGGACGUGAUUUCCAACUUGUCGGGGAGUUUGGACGCAGAGUUGGAGAAGGCUCGAGAAACUUUGCGCAGUGUGGAUGACAACAUUAAAAAAGUGUUUGGGAAGGAUGCCUCAGAACUCACAGUUUUUGGAAGGGGCCGGCGACCAGAGGAUGACCCAGCGAAGGAAGAUCAUUACAACAAUGACCACUUUCAUAGUCAGUCUGGAGAUGGGGCGGGUGGAGGGCGGCGACGUCGGGAUGAUUUUGAGCGUGACGGAGAUGAGCCGACAGAGAAACGGAGACGUGGCGAAGGGGGAGGCAGCUUCGGUUUUGGACCUGCUGGUGGAGGCAGAUUGGGCCCAAUGAUGACGGGUGGCAAUGGACCAAGGUUCGGAGGGGGGAGGCAGAGAAAUUCUAUCGACGGUGGUGGGGAGGAUGAGGGAUUUGCAGGGAGACGGUUGGCUUCAAGAAUUGUUUCGUCCGCAAAGGAAAAGUCUCGAGAUGAAGUUUUGGCCGAACAAAGACAAGAUCGGUCUGGUAGGGAACGAAAUCGCAGAAUGUUUGGUGCACUUCUUGGUACCCUCCAACGCUUUAAGCAAGAUGAGACUAAACUGAAGGCAAAGGAGGAUAAGCGAGCCGUCAUUGAAGCCAAGUUGGAUGAAGCGGCACAACAUGAGCGAGAAGUUGUGAAGACUAAGAAGCAGGAAUUAAUUAAAGAAAGGAGACUGAGGCUAACUGAAAUUAAGCGGAUUGAAGUCAAACGGCGUCGCCUAGCCGAGUUGGAACAGUGGGAAGAGAAGACCAAAUAUUUGACUAAUUUUAUCAGGACUGAAGCUAAACCGCACAUUUUCUACUUGCCCAAAUUGAUGAACCCAAUUAUGGAGUGUCGUCUUGAACAGUCAAAACAAUUUGUCACAGAAAUGAUAUCACACAAACGGAAACUUGUUCUUGACGAUUUAGAGGAUUAUGAGCAGAGGAGUAAGCGAUACUGGGAGGGACGGAUGGCUGGUCGACCGAGCAAUAGAAAAAUUGAUCCUAUGGAUGCGGACAUUGAAUACGAACUAGAUGAAAUUAUGAAGAAUGAGGACAUUGAUGUUCCUCUGGAGGGAGAAGAUUUCACAAUCACUGUCUUCACCAAUGAUGACGAACCACGGUCCUCCUUCACCAACAAGUCUGGGAGCAACGGUGUUGCAAUGAAGCGAGAAUCGGUAGAUGGGAAGGAAAAUAUUGUUGGGAAAAGGGGGGUGGGAACUGAUGACGAGGACAACGAAGAAUUUCCUUCAAACACUUCUCGCAAAGGGAGGCCAGACGAGGAGGAGGAAGAAGAUGGUGGUGAAAUUACUGAAGAGACGAUUGAAGUCAAGAUUGAGGAAGAAACUGAAGAGAUGAAUACCAGUGAUGAGGCCGUAGUUGUAGUUGCUCCUUCUUCCCAAGAGGAAGACGAUUCCGUAGUGGAUGAUGAUCAAGAGCAGGAGGAGGAGGACGAAGAAGAAGAAGAGGAAGCGGACGAAUAGAUAGAUUCAUUAAAUAUUACUAAAUUUUUAAGAUAUUUGUAUCAAUCCGCAUGACCGACUUGUAGAUUGUUCACGUCUUCUCGGUACUAUUCAUUCAGAUAAUUAGUGUUUAUGGGAGUGGUGUAAUGGAGUUGGAGUAAUUAUGCAUGGCUGAGAAAGGCGUCCAUCCAUAUCCAGAUUUAGGCUCAUUUAUGAUAACGAUAAUAAGCAAGAAAAAAUAUCGUGUUUUAUUGAUAUCUAGAUUAAAAGAUGAAGGAUGUCGUCAUUCAUGUAGCUAAUGUAAUAAUAAUAAGUAGGUCUUAUAAAUGUAACCUUUUCUUUUGCUGUAGAAUAGCCAAUAAUCUUAUUAUUUUAUACAUAUUGUAGGCAAAGCGUGUUUUCAUAACUUACGUCUUACGUCUUUCUCUUAACAUAAAGUAUCGGAAGAUUUUUGUAAAA